AUGAGUACCUUGGACAUGAACUUUACAGGCAACAAACUCAUAGCCUUACUCUUCAUUGUUCUUCCCUUUUGGGGAUACAGGAUCUGGCGUCGUCAGAUCCAACGUAAAGAAGAAGACCAAUAUGCGGCACAAAUGGGAUGCAAAGCACCACGGAGGUGGGCAGCAAAAUGGCCGCAAGGCUUAGAUCUACUCCUCAAAGCAGGACAACACGCGAGAUCCCAGACUAUUCUACAAUUUUUCUUGGAUGUAGUGGAUUCCAGUGGUCCUACUCAUGAGCAGCAGUUGCGUAAGAAGAAAUUCUUUCGACACAAUUUCAGUCUUGGGCUCCGACCUAAGCAUUUUGCUCCGUUGAUGGGAAGCGGUAUCUUCACCCAGGAUGGUGCAGCAUGGAGGCAUUCUCGUGCACUUCUACGACCUCAGUUCACUUCGAAUCGCUACCAGAAUUUUGAGGAGAUGAAGAAGUCGGUCGAGAGUCUCGUCGAUCAGAUCUCUCCCGAUAGCAUAGUCAAUUUGCAACCGCUGUUCUUCCGUUUGACUUUUGAUACGACGACAUUUCUUCUCUUUGGCAAGACGCUGAGCUCUUUACAAAGCAGCGAUAUCGCUGGAAAAGAGUCUGAGUUCGCGGCGGCUUUUAACUUGGGUCAGGAUUACCUAUCGCAUCGUGGCCGGUUGGGAGAUUUGUACUGGCUUGCCAAUACGCCAGAGUUCUGGCGGGCUUGUAAGACUUCACACCGCUUUGUUGACGAUGCAAUUCAGACCGCACUGGAUGAUGCUGAGAAGCCGAAAUCCAAAGAGACGGAAGACGAGGACUCGAAGAAUUACGUGUUCAUUGAUGCUCUUAUCCAAGAAACCCGGAACAAGAAGGAACUCCGCGAUCAGUGUCUCAAUGUACUCCUUGCGGGCAGGGAUACUACCGCAUGCUGCCUCACUUGGACUUUGCGCUUACUAGCUCGACAUCCUCAGGUUUUGAAAAGAUUACGAACAGAGAUAGAGGAAGUAGUAGGCCUUGGAGAGCAUGCGCCUCAGCCAACUCGGGCAGACCUGAAGAAGAUGAGAUACCUUGACCUGGUAUUGAAAGAAGUUCUUCGUCUCUAUCCAUCUGUGCCGGUUAACUCGCGUGCAGCACUUAAAACAACAACGCUGCCUGUCGGAGGAGGUCCGGAUGGAAAGUCCCCAAUAUUAGUGAGAAAAGGCGAAGCCGUCGGUUAUUGCGUAUACGCCAUGCAUCGUCGCACGGAUAUCUAUGGGGAAGAUGCCCUCGAGUUCCGCCCUGAGAGGUGGGAAGAUGGACGGUUGUUGCGCGAUGUAGGUUACGGAUACUUGCCCUUUAACGGUGGGCCUCGAGUAUGCCUAGGCCAAGAGUUUGCCCUCCUAGAAGCGGGAUACACUGUAGCGAGACUAGUGCAAAAGUUUCCUUUCUUGACUGUCCCACAAGAUGAAGCUAUUGUGGCAACUGGAAAGGAAAAGCAGGUUCUAACGUUGGUGGUUGCUUCGGGAGAUGGGUGCCGUGUACAUAUGCGUUCGUAG